AUGAAGGAUUUUAUAGCAUUACUCAGAAUAAGUGGAUUUUUCAGUUGUUUUACUGUGAUUCUCGUGAAUAUCCUCACAAGUCCAGUGAUUACCAGGAUAGUAUCACACAUUUAAAAUAUCUCUCCUAGGGUAAUUGUUCAAAUACAAUAUUCAUAUCAUCAAGUGCCUACUCUUAACAACUGUUUCCACUUCUGACUUCACUCAACCGGGGUUCAAUUCAGUGUUUAUUAUACCAAACAGCAACAAAGAGCGGAGCCAGGAGCCAAAACAGACAAAAUGUUCAUAAAAAAUGCCAACCUACAAAACCCCCGUCGCCAGCAUGACUUCUUUCUGAGGAGUCCACCCUACAGGGGGGAACCGCCUACAGUGGCAGGAUUUCUCCUCUACCCGGAUACUCCCGCUAAGAUGGAGACCACAUCACGAGAAGCUUUCUGCUCUAGACCCAUCUCAAAACAAGACGGAGGCAAAGGAGACCAUAGCGCCUCUAACACACAGCAGGUGUCCAAACGUUCUCUUCCUACAUCCUCGAGACAAACAGGAAGAGGAAGCAGCAUCACGGACCGGGAAGCAGGGGAGGACGAGCAAGGCGGCAACCCUGAUGAGACAGCAUGGACAGAGAAACAAGAAACGACAGACAUGCAAUCUCAGUAUCAGAAGGAUUUCCCUCCUCCGUCCUCCUGCCGCAGGAGGCGAACACCUGCCCUCCCACAGCCAGACAACAUCGGCAUCAACCCCGCCUUCAGGAUCGACUUCAGCACUGUGCAGAGAGAGAAUUUUCCUGGUUGGCCCAUCAUGAAGCCCAUGAGGACUGGGAGGCCUCGUCAAGACAACCAAACAUGAAUAGAUAAAUACAAUUCGGUCAUGGUCAUAUUUUCUACAGCAGUACAUGUCUAAUUCUAUCAAAUAGAUAUUCAUCCUAGCUUAUUAUAAUAAUUCAUUAACGUGAUUAAUGAGCCAGUUAGAGAGUUGCCAGUUAUGUUGUCUUUUCUCUAUUUAUAUUUUCAUGUUUAAACAGUAUCUUGUUAAACCCAUUUCAUCUGAAUCUAACUCUUCAGUUUAGACAUAAUUGGAGUGUAUUUCAAAUAAGUCAGAGGUCCACGUAUAUGCUCUGAAAAGGAUCAGAUUCUUUAGUUGCCUUCGUUAUUAAGAACUUAGUUCCUUUAAGCACAUACUCUUUUCUCAGGCAGCAAGUGACUUCAGACUGAGUUGUGGUCCGUUUGAGAGGAGACAAUCCACUGAGUGACUCAAAAUGGAAACAUAAUCUACUUCAAUGAGCAGGAGAAAACAUCCGAGCUGGGGCAUCUGCAGAGGUCACAGAGGAUGAUGAA